AUGGUUGCGUGGAGUAUUUGGGAGCAUCGGAACAAGGUUCAGGAGAGACAAAAGGUGUGGGGUAUUGAUGAGGUGUGUCAUCAGGCCUCUAAUUUGCUAAAGAAGUUCCAUGAUGUGCAUAAAAAGAUCUCUCGGAUGGUUGCUCGAAUUGGGGAUACUUGGUGGAAACUACCUGCCUCUGGUUUGUUUAAAGUUAACUUUGACGGGGCUUUGUUUAAGGAGCAGGCUUGUGCAGGUCUUGGGGUGGUUAUUAGGGACUCGACGAGGUUGACCAUUGGUGCGAUGAGCCAGAAAAUUAGGCAUCCAGGUUUUGUGGACAUGAUGGAAGCUUUAGCUGCCAGAAAAGCUGUUGUCUUUGCCAAGGAGCUGUGUCUUCAAUCCGUGGAGGUGAAGGGUGAUUCCUUGUGGGUUAUCCAAGCUCUUGUUGCAGCCAAGUCUUCCAGGACUAUGUUUGGAAAUGUUAUUGCUGAUAUUCAUUGUUUAGUGUCUAAUAUUAAUUGUAGUUUUAGUCAUGUCAAGAGGGAGGGCAAUAAGCUUGCUCAUGCCUUUGCCCGUAGAGUAGUUGCAUCUGCAGAUUUUGAUAUGUGUUAUGAUAUCAUUAGUGAACUUUGA